GAAGGGCUGAGAAGGAGCCUUGUUUCUGACCUUCGCGGCGCACUUCACUGUGUUAUGGGAAGCUUAGAGCGAGCGUUAGGUUUUGUUCUUCCCUCUUUCUUCUCAAAGUCAUGCUGCAAACACUGACUUUGUCAUGGAGAUUAAAGUGAAGUAACUGACCGGGAACCAAACCCCUGACACCUGUCAGAACACGACUGACGGUAAAGCGGGCGUCUGUUUCCGGCGCAGAGAGCUGGGGAUGCCGCUGUUGCUGAGGGAACGUCACAGCUCAGCUCCUUUCUCUAGCAUCAUCUUCACCUUCAUCCUCUUCACCUCUUUCUCCUUCUUCUUCCUCCUCCUCAUCACUCGAUGUCGAUGACGAUGUUGUGUUGUGUGCCCUUGCAACGCUGUAUUGUUGACGUUUGUGUGGGCGCGCUGCUCUUGUUUCUAGCGGGGCUGCAGCAGGUGGAAGCAGCAGCAGCCGCCGCGGACACCAUGGCCAGCCUGAACUGGAAGCCCUUCAUCUACGGAGGCAUGGCCUCCAUCGUCGCAGAAUUCGGGACAUUUCCUAUAGACUUGACCAAGACACGCCUUCAGGUACAGGGUCAGUCCCAGUACACAGAGGUGCGCUACAAAGGCAUGUUCCAUGCACUUUACAGGAUCGGCAGAGAGGAGGGGGUACGAGCGCUCUACUCUGGGAUUUCUCCUGCUCUGCUGAGGCAAGCUUCCUAUGGGACGAUCAAGAUUGGAACCUACAACACCUUGAAAAGGCUGUUUGUCAGUCAUCCUGAAGAUGAGACCAUGGUAAUCAAUGUGUUCUGUGGUGUCGUGUCUGGAGUCCUGUCAUCCUCUCUGGCCAACCCCACUGAUGUUCUCAAGAUCAGAAUGCAGGCACAGGGCAGUCUGCUCCAAGGAAGCAUGAUGUCCAACUUCAUCAACAUCUACCAGACCGAGGGCACCAGAGGGCUGUGGAGAGGGGUCAUUCCCACUGCACAGAGAGCUGCCAUUGUUGUCGGGGUGGAACUUCCUGUCUAUGACAUCACCAAAAAGCACCUGCUUCGCUCAGGCGUCAUGGGCGAUACCAUUCUGACUCAUUUCAUUUCCAGUUUUACAUGUGGCCUGGCGGGGGCACUGGCCUCCAAUCCUGUGGACGUAGUUCGGACUCGUAUGAUGAACCAGCGGGUUACAUCUGGAAGCCCCAUGUACAAAGGAACGCUUGACGGAGUCAUGCAGACGUGGAAGAACGAGGGGUUCUUUGCCCUUUAUAAGGGUUUUUGGCCAAACUGGCUGCGACUGGGGCCUUGGAACAUCAUUUUCUUCAUUACCUUCGAGCAGCUGAAGAAACUCCCAUUCUAGAUGGGAACAGGAAGUUGGACUGCACUGUGUGACUGAAUUAGGAUGAAUGAGAGUGAGUGUGAGCAUGGCAUAGCUGGAGUCCAAACACCAGUGUUUUUCACACUCCUUAAAGAACCCAGUAUCAGUCACCAGCCCCUACACUGAGUUUUGCUUUUUGUAAUUUAUUAUUUUGCCAUUGUUUUUUAAAUUGUCAUUGUAAAGACUGUUGCUUUGACAUGAACUGUCCUUGGCAGCUGAAUGUCUGAUUCAAGCUGAGAUGCUUGAAAACCUCAGAAGAAGUUUAUCCUCUUAACUGUAGGAAGAAGGAUUGUGUCAGUGGAGCCUUGGUUAGAAACAUUAAGGGACAAAUGUCUGAUGGUUUUUAGAUAUUUAGGUUACUGUCAAAAUCACUGGAUCUGAUAGGAAGCUAAGGAAAACUAUCAACUGUGAUGCACUUCAGAAGAAAAAUCCAAUGUUACUGUCUUGUACAAAGACGUUAUGUUGUGAACCCAGACUGAGAGAAAGGCCUUCUGCGCCUCUGCCAUGAUCACGGGACCAUCAUUGAUCUGAGUUGUACGUUGGGCCCUGUUGUAGGUUAGAAACUGGAAUAUGUAGGGGUUUACAAAGGCUUCAUGCAAAUAAUAAGACCCUAAACUGAGCAAAUCAGCUUUAGCAAAUAUCAUUAGCUCUUAAAUUAAUUCAAAAACUCUUUGAAAUUAUAUAACACCCCAAAAGCAAGAGAACAAGCCCAUCCAGGCUAAUAUAACCUGACCUGAAUAUAAAAAUGUUAUCUAAUUGAAGCAUACAAGUCCCAACACAAAUAUGUACGAGACCAUAAAAAACUGCAAAAAUGUGGAAAUUAUGUUAAGUAAGAAUUCCUUGUCAAAUGUGCACAACUACCGUAUUUGUUGUGCCUGUGAAACAAUGUGAAAUCUCUGAUCCACUGUAGGUCCACGAACCCUCUCUUUAUAGGCAGAUGCACAGUCGUUUCCCCUGUAAAAGGUGAAAAAUGUGGGUGCAAACAGUUGUAGAAGAGACAGAAGUGACUGUUACACUUGUUAUUUCAAACACAUAGAGCUGCAGUGUCAGUAAGGUUUCAAACAUGUCUGUGAUGUUCAAGUCUUAUAUUUAUUGCAGUUUUUUGUUUUUCUUGUGAAACAAAGGAGCAGUCAAUCUGAAGGCUAACACUUUCCUUUCCUGUUCAGUAACAACCAAACAGCCUCAUUCAAGUUUGAAUUAUAUUGGUGGUGUUUUUCCCUCAGUUUUCUUGAGUAUACCCACACUUAACUAUACAUGUUGUUUUUUUUUGUUAAAUGAAGUUAGUGCAGAUCACUGCAGUCCAGCGAUCUGAAUCACUCCAUUUCAAUGUUCUCAUUACUUUACUUUAGUGCUUUGCAUUUCUCCACGUCUAUCAUUUCUCAUGCGCGCUGCUUCUAAGUAACGAUCGUUGUAACGUGGAUCAAGUAUAGUCGCGAUGACUGCAGAAGGAUCUGAAGAGAGCUUAAAGCAAUUCAACAAAUCUGAAGAAUUGGAAAAACGUAUUCUUAUAAUUGGAUUUGACUCCAUAGGAUGUCACUAGCUCAAAAGUAAAAUCUUCUGUGGUGCUGAAUGUGUUUCUGACUUGUUUCUUAUUUGUCAGGAAGAUGUGUAUAAAACAUCUUGCCAGUGUAUAAAAAUUAUGCACUGGUGUGCUUGAAAAAAUGGCAAAUUUAUCUUCAAUGAGGUUUUAUUUAUAUAUAAUACAAUAUUACCAG